GUAGGUAAAAGCAAAUUUUUUGUAAACAUUAAGAAAUAAAAAAAUAAUACGUUUAAGUUUAGAAGCUUUUUCUUCCAAUCCAAGUUUCAAUAAACAUGGAAGAAUUACAGAAACUAGAGCACCUUUCCUUGGUUUCUAAAAUAUGUACGGAACUCGAUAACCACUUAGGAUUAAAUGACAAAGAUUUAGCUGAGUUUAUAAUUGAUUUGGCAGAAAAAAAUAAAUCUUUUGAGUCAUUUAAAAAAGUUCUUUUAGAAAAUGGAGCUGAAUUUCCAGAUUCUUUUAUUACAAAUUUAUUACGUAUUAUACAAUUGAUGAAACCUUCAGCUAGAUCUUCUAACUCACAGGAAGCCAAAGAUUCUUUUGAAUUAUUGGACGAAAUAGAGCAAAAAGACAAACUUGCCAUGAAAUUUCCUGGUUUAGCUAUUCCAAACGCAAAACCGAAAGUUGUCAUCGAUCAAGAAAAAGAAGAACUCGAAGAAAAAAUUAUAGAUGAUGCUAUGGCGGAGCUUGAAGCAUUAGCGCCAAGCCAGACUGCAAAAAAAGAAGAGAAUAAAACGGAGCAAAAGCAUGGAGAUAGAAAACGUUCAAGAACUCGAAGUAAAAGCAGAGAAAAAAGUGACAGAAAACGAAGUAUAUACAAAGAUAAAGAACGAGAACGAAAUAGAGACAAAGAACGAAGAAGAAGCCGUUCAAGAGAUAAAAAAUAUAGAAGUAAAUCAAGGGAGAGAAGAAGGUCGAGGAGUCGUGAUCGUAGAAGAAGUAGGUCCCCAAGACGACGAAGUAGAUCUCCAAGACGAAGAAGUAGAUCCCGUGAUCGCAGAAGAAGCCGGUCAAAUGACAGAAGAAAUAACAGGGAUUGUAAAAGAAGAUCUAGUCGUUCCCCAGCGCCAUAUAAAGUAAAACGACGUAGUCCAACUCCAAUGCCAGACGAUCCAGAACCAGGAAAGAUUUACUCUGGGAAAGUUGCCAAUAUUGUUCCAUUUGGUUGCUUUGUUCAUCUUUUCGGCUUGCGAAAAAGAUGGGAAGGAUUAGUGCACAUAUCGCAAUUGCGAUCUGAAGGAAGAGUAAGUGAUGUUAAUGAGGUUGUUAAUCGCGGCAAUUCUGUUAAAGUGAAAGUCCUUUCAAUUGUUGGACAAAAAGUAUCUUUGUCAAUGAAAGACGUAGAUCAAGAAACUGGGCGGGACUUGAAUCCGUUAUCACACGCACCUGAUUUAAAUGAAUCCUUAGACAGAAACCCAGAUAGACCUAUUGGAGGGACAUCUAUGUUGCAUUUGCAGGGUACUGGUGGAGAUGCUGAGGAAGAUGAAAGUCGAAAACGAGUUACCAGAAUAUCAAGUCCAGAACGCUGGGAAAUUAAACAAAUGAUUUCAUCAGGUGUCAUUGAUCGAAGUGAGUUGCCAGAUUUUGAUGAAGAAACCGGUCUUUUACCUAAAGACGAAGAUGAUGAGGAAGAUAUAGAAAUCGAAAUAGUAGAAGAAGAGCCCCCUUUUCUGCAGGGCCACGGCCGUGCUUUACAUGAUUUAUCCCCUGUUCGAAUAGUAAAAAAUCCUGAUGGGUCUUUAGCGCAAGCUGCUAUGAUGCAGUCCGCUUUAUCAAAAGAAAGAAGAGAACAAAAAAUGUUACAACGGGAACAAGAAAUGGAUACGAUCCCUACUGGUUUAAAUAAAAACUGGAUCGACCCACUACCUGAAGGUAUGCAAGAUUUUUCUUGUGAUAAUUUUUCACCAGUAAAUUAUGAAUUUACUUUAAAUUUAUUUGUUACAGAGGAGAGCCGUACCUUAGCGGCUAAUGUACGAGGAGUAGGAAUGGCUCCGCAAGAGGUUCCAGAAUGGAAAAAGCAUAUCAUCGGAGGAAAAAAGUCCUCAUUUGGAAAGAAAACUGAUAUGUCUUUAGUUGAACAAAGGCAGUCUCUACCAAUUUAUAAAUUACGUGACGAUUUAAUUAAGGCAGUUUCUGACAAUCAAAUUCUCAUUGUUAUUGGUGAAACUGGUUCAGGUAAAACUACUCAAAUUACUCAGUACUUGGCAGAAUGUGGCUUUACAGCAAGAGGAAAAGUUGGUUGCACACAGCCUCGUCGUGUGGCGGCUAUGUCAGUGGCUAAACGGGUGGCAGAAGAAUUUGGGUGUCGUUUAGGACAGGAAGUUGGUUAUACUAUUCGUUUUGAAGACUGCACAAGCCCAGAGACUGUUAUCAAAUACAUGACAGAUGGUAUGUUACUCCGAGAGUGUCUUGUUGAUUUGGAUCUUAAAUCAUAUUCGGUGAUUAUGUUGGAUGAAGCUCAUGAAAGAACAAUUCACACGGACGUUUUAUUUGGGUUACUCAAACAAGCUGUACAAAAAAGACCGGAAUUAAAAUUGAUUGUAACGUCUGCCACUCUUGAUGCAGUAAAAUUUUCGCAAUACUUUUUUGAGGCACCAAUUUUCACUAUCCCUGGUCGAACAUUUCCAGUGGAAGUUCUAUAUACUAAGGAACCAGAAACUGAUUAUUUAGAUGCGUCGUUAAUAACAGUCAUGCAAAUUCAUCUAAGAGAACCUCCUGGUGAUAUCCUAUUAUUUUUAACUGGACAAGAAGAAAUCGACACCGCUUGUGAAAUCCUAUAUGAAAGAAUGAAAAGUUUAGGUCCAGAUGUUCCAGAGUUAAUAAUACUACCAGUUUAUUCUGCUUUACCAUCAGAAAUGCAAACAAGAAUUUUUGAUCCAGCACCUCCUGGAAGUCGCAAGGUCGUCAUUGCUACAAACAUUGCUGAAACUUCCCUCACUAUCGAUGGAAUAUUUUACGUUGUAGAUCCUGGAUUUGUAAAGCAAAAGGUGUAUAAUUCUAAAACAGGAAUGGAUUCCUUGAUUGUUACUCCAAUUUCACAAGCCGCUGCGAAACAACGAGCGGGCAGAGCAGGACGCACUGGUCCUGGAAAAUGUUAUCGUCUUUAUACUGAACGUGCUUAUCGCGAUGAAAUGUUACCCACACCUGUUCCCGAAAUUCAAAGAACUAAUUUAGCUACAACCGUUUUACAGCUUAAAACAAUGGGAAUUAAUGAUUUAUUGCACUUCGAUUUUAUGGACGCCCCGCCUGUAGAAUCACUUGUUAUGGCUUUAGAAAUUUUACAUUCCCUAUCUGCUUUAGAUGAUGAAGGAUUAUUAACACGCUUAGGUCGCCGGAUGGCAGAAUUUCCGUUGGAACCAAAUCUUUCUAAAAUGUUAAUAAUGUCGGUUGCUUUACAGUGCUCUGACGAGAUUUUAACCAUCGUAUCUAUGCUUAGUGUACAAAACGUAUUUUAUCGACCAAAAGACAAGCAGUCCGUCGCCGAUCAAAAAAAAGCAAAGUUCAAUCAAAUAGAAGGUGAUCAUUUAACCUUGUUAGCAGUUUACAAUAGUUGGAAAAAUAAUAAAUUCUCAAAUCCAUGGUGUUAUGAAAAUUUUGUGCAAAUUAGAACUUUAAAGCGAGCACAAGAUGUUCGUAAGCAGUUAUUAGGCAUAAUGGAUCGCCAUAAAUUGGAUGUAGUUUCAGCUGGGAAGAACACAGUUCGUAUUCAAAAAGCGAUUUGUUCAGGAUUCUUUAGAAAUGCUGCCAAAAAAGAUCCUCAAGAGGGUUAUCGAACUUUGGUCGACUCACAAGUUGUAUACAUACAUCCAUCAAGUGCAUUAUUUAAUCGUCAACCUGAAUGGGUAGUUUAUCACGAAUUGGUUCAAACAACAAAGGAAUAUAUGCGAGAAGUUACUACGAUUGAUCCAAAAUGGCUGGUUGAAUUUGCUCCAUCAUUUUUUAAAUUCUCUGAUCCAACUAAAUUAAGUAAAUUCAAGAAAAAUCAGCGUUUAGAACCUUUAUACAAUAAAUAUGAAGAACCAAAUGCUUGGAGAAUAUCUCGAGUACGUAGAAGGCGAAAUUAAAAUAAUUGCAUAUGUUUUUAAGUAAACUAAAAAUAAAAAAAUAUAAGUGAAGAGAAAUUUUUAUUAAAACUUAUAACAUUAUAAAUUAACGUUGAAA